AUGAUUUCUGCAUACUUCAUUCUCUGCCUUCUCGCAUUCGCGACAUCUCAUCCUAAAAAAAGGUGCCUCGAGAAUGUUGAUCACUGUUUAGUCCUUUACCAACCCAAUCUCAAGGAGAAGUUCUUUUACAACACCCAUUCGAAAAAAUGUAUGUCGGCAAUGAUGACGAAAUGUGAAGGAAAACGAAACCGAUUCGACUCACUCGAGUUGUGCCAGAGAGCUUGCAAAAAAUAA